GAAAAGGAAUACAACAUGUGGGGUUCCAACCAUGAUGAUGUAAAUAUGGCGUCAGAUGAGCGUAACGAUUCUCGAAACGAUCGUGACGUCCGACCCAUACUAGCCGACGAACAGCCUCAUGGGCCUAUCCAAUGUCCCGGACCUCCUGAAAUCAUCAAAAACACUGUAUCUUCAUGGCCAGAAUCACCCAACAGUACUUCGUUUGAACCAAUUCGAAAUGCUUCAAGUAUUUGCCAAUCCCCACCGCAGGAGCAUAGCAUAACGGACAUUCGUCCAAAUCAGGCAUCUCCCCACUCGACAACUAUUGACUAUGGACAUUUGGCAUCAUUUACAAAUCCUUCAAGUCAAAUUCCGGCUGCUCUUUUCCAGACUCCCCAAAAACCACCUGACCAUAUCUCGGGCUACUCGCCACAUGAUUCACAGGGGUCUUUCUCUGGUAUAAGACUAGGGGAACCAAACCAACGUAUGAUGCAGGGAGAUUUCAACGGGAAUCCAAGCUAUCAAUGUCCUGGCGGCAACAUUGGAUGGGCUCAACCACAGCCUCCUCCUGGGUUUCAUGGACCAAUGCAACCUAUACAAACCUUCCCAGCUGCACAAGCGUUGCCAACGAGUAGCUCACAACCAGAUAUGAUACAAGAGAUGAUGGAACUGAUGAAAUCACAGGCGGAGAGACAGAAAGAACAGGACGAGAAACAACAGGAGCUUCUCAAACAAAUUGAAG